AUGACCCCGGAUCAGCUCACUUUCCACAGGCAGGAGAUAGCCAAAUUAUCGGAAUAUGGUUGGAUCGGACCGACCUACUCGCCUAUUUGCUCUCCUACGAUCAUGGUGGACAAACGCGAUGAUGGCUCCGGGGAGCGGAAGAUGCGGAUGGUUGUCAAUUACCAAGCUUUAAAUGCCCUUACGAUAGCUCCUGAUUUUCCACGACCUCCCAUUCAAACCAUUCUGGAGCUGCUCGGAGGCGCCAAGUAUUUUUCCACCUUGGACCUGAAAGCAGGAUUCCAUCAAAUACGUGUGGCUAAGGAACACCGGUGGAAGACGGCUUUCCGGUCCGUUCUCGGGAUAUUCGAGUACCGCGUGAUGCCCUUCGGCCUUAAGGGAGCUCCCGCUACGUUCCAGGCCAAUAUUAAUGCCUAUUUACAACCCUUAUUGGGGAAGGGCGUUAUUGCGUACCUGGAUGAUGUACUUAUCUAUAGUUCUGAUCUCUCUGAGCACGUCUCUCUUCUGCGACAAGUCCUAAGUAUUUUUCUUCGACAUCAGUUCUACCCAAAAUUCCGCAAGUGUAAGUUUGCACGGCAAACCAUUACUUAUUUGGGUUAUACUGUAUCUGCUACGGGGGUCAAACCCGCAGAAGACAAAAUAGAAGCCAUCCGACAUUGGCCAGAAGUGCUGGAGAACGAAACGCAAGUGCGCCAGUUCCUCGGUACUAUAAAUUACUGUCGCAUGUUCAUGGGACCAGACUAUGCCGACGUUGCCCGGCCGCUGGUUGAUCUAACGCGUAAAGACGUCGGUUUCAAAUGGACAGAGCUUCACACGCAAGCGGUGCGGCAGCUCAAACAGCACUUAAUCGACUUCACUACCUUACAGGUCCCUGACACGACGAAGCCCUUCGAGUUAUACACAGAUGCCUCUGGUUACGCAGUCGGAGCAGUUCUUGAACAAGACCCUAAACCCAUCGGCUUCCUCAGUCAAGUCAUGAACCCCACGCAACAGAGAUACUCGAUCUACGAUCAGGAACUCUUGGCGCUGGUCACGGCGCUGGACAAGUGGUCGCACUUGCUCCGUGUCUCCAAGGUGACCGCUUUCACUGAUCAUCAAGCUCUAACCCAUCUCCAACGACUCCAACCAUCGAAGCCUCUGCGCGGACGCACCGCCCGGUGGCUAGACUUCCUUGCGGAGUUCCCGGAUUUGCACAUCACGUAUGUUCAGGGAGCACGCAAUCAAGUUGGGCUGCGGAACAGAGCGGCAGGCGGGCUCUCUAACACCUGCUCGCACGACACACCAUCGGCACCGCUGAUGCUCGCAACAGGAGAAGCGAGCGCGGCUUCCCGCUCUCGCGGUCCUCCUCCCAACUAUCGCGAGCUUGCCGGAAUUCGUCCGCGCCGCCCUCGAUAA